ACCAAUCAAGUCAUCAUUAUCAUUAACAUUAUCCUGUUGUGUGCUUUGGUACUGGUGGCUGGAGAGAGAGAGAGAGGAAUGAAUGAGCAAUGAGUUCAAUAACACAGGGUAUUAUGAUGGCUCUCACUGUUACUGUAAACAGGUUUGCUUCUUCAAAUGCACACGCAGUCCAUAGACGAAGAGGAAGAAGAAGAAGGGACGCAACCUCCGCAGAUAUGGGAAGGAGAGGCCUCCUUCUCUCCACCGUAAUUGCAGCUCCCCAAGCCUCCGACUCUCGCAAUGAGAUUCUCAAAAAAUAUCUGAAGAAGUCCGAGGAAAACAAGGCCAAAAAUGACAAGGAGAGAUUGAAUAGCUAUUACAAGCGGAACUACAAGGAUUACUUCGAACUUGUAGAAGGGUCUUUGAAGGGAAAAACAGAGCCGCUGUCUGAGUCAGACAAGGGCAUCCUUGAUUGGCUUCGAAGAAACAAAUGACGUUUUUCUCAAAGAAAAUUUUUAUUAUGAGCUGGUUCUCUUGAAUUAUUUAUCUUUCUGCAAUCUGCAGCUGGUGAUGAAUGGGAGAUAUUACUCCUAAAUCUUGAAAGGAGUGAAAUUAAAGUAGGAACAGAUUUUGUCGUGUGUAACUAAAGACCCAAAAAAAGAAUUCUGAGGCUGCAUUGAAGCAUGGAUUCCGAACUUUAUUCUUGAGAGAGUACGAUUCAUCUUUAGCGCU